CAGCUGAUGUGGGCCACUUUGUUGUGGAAGAUUAAGAACUUUUUGUGUACAUUGAACUUUAUUGCAAAAAAAAAUUCUCACAUUUAUGCAUUUUAUUAGCAAUUUUAUGAAUUUAAACACGAAUCUUUAAACCAUUUGUUAUUAAGUUUUGUAAUAAAAUAAAUUUAAAAUGUCUUGUUUUGGGUGUAGCAAAAAAUAUGGAAUGUUUACUAAAGAGUAUGGCUGCCCAAAUUGUGGUUAUUCGUAUUGUGCAAAAUGUCUAAAACGUCCAAUGGCAGUUCCACGGCAAGGUGGUAAAGUUCUUAAUGUCUGCCUAAUAUGCUACGAUAAACUCUCGAAGUUGCAGGCAACAGAAAAAGUUAUCGAUUGUGAGGCAUUACCCGGCACUAUAGUCACCAAACCAUUGUUGAGUCAACAAAAAUCUGAAACUGGAAUUGCUGCUGUCGCUGCUGAUUCAUUGUUUGAGUAA